GUGAUGUAGCAUGUCAACUCACCACGCAGACGCACGGCUAAAUAAAUCACCACAUGCAUCCGACUUAAUAAUAACACACGGACAAAACUGGAGAGAGCGCUACACAAAAAGAAACGAGUCUUGUCAAUCAGACACAGACGACAGUGUCCUAGAGUGAGGCCCAGGCUCCAGCAGGCCUUGGAGAGCACCGGUAUGAUGGAGGGGGGUAUGCAGCUGCUGAACCGGGAUGGCCACAGCAUUUCGCACAACUCCAAACGCCACUACCACGACUCCUUCGUGUCCAUGAACCGCAUGCGGCAGCGCGGCCUGCUCUGCGACAUUGUGCUUCAUGUGGCCAACAAGGAGAUCAAGGCACACAAGGUGGUGCUGGCCUCCUGCAGUCCAUACUUCCAUGCCAUGUUUACAAAUGAGAUGUCAGAGAGCCGUCAGACCCACGUGACCCUGCAUGACAUUGACCCUCAGGCUCUGGAGCAGCUGGUGCAGUACGCCUACACUGCAGAAAUCGUAGUCGGAGAAGGAAAUGUGCAGACCUUGUUACCAGCAGCUAGUCUCCUGCAGCUCAACGGAGUGAGAGAUGCCUGCUGUAAAUUCCUUCUCAGCCAGCUGGACCCCUCAAACUGCCUGGGCAUCCGUGGCUUUGCAGACACUCACUCCUGCAGCGACCUUCUCAAGUCAGCCCAUAAGUACGUCCUGCAGCACUUCGUAGAGGUUUCGAAGACUGAGGAGUUUAUGCUGCUACCUCUCAAACAGGUACUGGAUCUGAUCUCCAGUGAUAACCUGAAUGUCCCAUCAGAGGAGGAGGUGUACAGGGCUGUGCUGAGCUGGGUCAAGCAUGACAUUGAUGGGCGGAGGCAACAUGUGCCCCGGCUGAUGAAGUGUGUGCGUCUGCCCUUGCUGACACGAGACUUCCUGAUGAGUAAUGUGGAUACAGAGCUGCUGGUGCGUCACCACUCCGAGUGCAAAGACCUGCUGAUCGAGGCGCUGAAGUAUCACCUGAUGCCCGAGCAGAGGGGCGUCCUCAGUAACAGCCGUACCCGACCGCGUCGGUGCGAGGGAGCCAGUCCGGUCCUCUUCGCCGUAGGUGGGGGCAGUCUUUUUGCUAUUCAUGGAGACUGUGAGGCCUAUGACACCAGGACCGACCGCUGGCACAUGGUUGCGUCUAUGUCAACACGGCGGGCACGAGUCGGAGUGGCUGCUAUCGGAAACAAGCUCUAUGCUGUGGGCGGGUAUGAUGGCACCUCUGAUUUGGCUACUGUAGAGUCGUAUGACCCAGUAACAAAUGUGUGGCAACCUGAAGUGUCUAUGGGAACAAGGAGGAGCUGUUUAGGUGUGGCGGUCCUGCAUGGGUUGUUGUAUGCAGCGGGAGGAUAUGAUGGUGCUUCCUGUCUUAACAGUGCGGAGAGGUAUGACCCUUUGACCAGUACCUGGACCUCCAUUGCUGCCAUGAGCACCAGAAGGAGAUAUGUUAGAGUGGCCACAUUAGAUGGCAGUUUGUACGCUGUCGGUGGGUACGACAGUUCCUCACACUUAGCAACAGUUGAAAAAUACGACCCUCAGAGUAAUGUCUGGACUGCCAUUGCCAACAUGCUGAGCAGGAGGAGCAGUGCAGGGGUGGCUGUACUGGAGGGCAUGCUUUAUGUUGCAGGGGGCAAUGACGGUACCAGCUGCCUAAAUUCAGUGGAACGGUACAAUCCAAAAACCAACACCUGGGAGGGAGUGGCCCCUAUGAACAUUCGCAGGAGCACCCAUGACCUGGUCGCCAUGGAUGGCUGGUUAUACGCGGUUGGAGGCAAUGAUGGCAGCUCUAGUCUCAACUCUAUAGAAAAAUACAACCCUCGUAGCAACAAGUGGGUGGCGGCGUCAUGCAUGUUCACGCGCCGUAGCAGCGUUGGAGUCGCUGUCCUGGAGCUCCUCAACUUUCCUCCCCCGUCAUCUCCCACUCUUUCCGUCUCCUCCACAAGUCUUUGACAAAGGGUAAAAACCCGGCUUAGCUCCAGCGGCCUGCCCUGCGUGGCAAAGAGGCGCAACUGCUCGGUUUGAGCACCGGACGAGGAGCGUUUCGUGGGCAACAGCGGCCUCCCUCUGCCUGGAGGAAUACUGCAGCAUUCCAACAGAUCACAAGGGUAAAAAAGGAUGAAAAGAAAAAUCCCACACUCUCACAACUCUCACCCUAUAAACCCCAGUGCUUGAAAGUGCAAAAUAAUGUCGCUCGGCCAUUUUGCGGUCACUUUGUGUAUGAUGUAUAUCUAAAUGUAUAUUUAAUUUAUGUUUACGAUUCUUUUUUGAAAUAUUAAGAAAUAAUAUAUUAAACCGAGAAAAAAAAAGUAUGAACAACUUUAGGAAUGUAGCUCUUGACAGGUUCUGCCACGCAUGUUUACAGAAAUUUCGUCUUGGCAGAACACAAUAAUGUAGUGCUGCUGUGCCACACUAGGUGGUAGUAAUGUGCAAUGCUGCCCUGUCUCACCACAGAAGCGCAUGGACAUUUACAAGCAGGAAAUUCUCACAAAGCGGGGGCUGGACUCUACACUACAUACAGCUGAGUCUGCUCAGAUCAUGUUGAUAACAUAAUAUACGUUUUAUGUAUUUUCCCAUUUAUUUAUCAAAUGUAAUAUAAACAUAUGACACUAUUUCAGAGAUGUUUGAAGGACCACCUAUGACUUAGGAGGGGAGAUAUAGUUUUAUCGUACUUAUUGCAUAUCAGAGAAGCGCUGGUGUUUGGUAUGAAAUGUGAGUGUUAUGGAGAAAAGUUAUUUUGUGUUUUAUCCAGCAGACAUGUUCGGUUUGAUUUCUAGAGUCAUGCAUUACAAGCUCUACAAACUCUUCUAAUAUGACACGUUUAUAUCACAAACCAGGAGAAAUGUCUUUCUGAUAAAGACUAUAGCCAUACCUAAAAUCUAGCUGUGACAUUAAAGCUGCACUUUCUCGUGUUUUUCGAAAGGGUGAUCGGUGCUCAGAACUAAUUCUGAUUAACUAACGGGUAAUCGGUAAUACUGACACUUCAAUAUCAAGCCCUUCAAUGUGAGUAACUCGGCUAUUAUAAGCUCUAUAUGUUGUAUGUCACGUUUCUUAAUAUUUUUGUCAUAAGUCUUUAGUUGAUAACAUUGAACCAUGUCAUUGUAUACUGCAUUUUCUACAUUUUGCUUAGGGUUGUCCGCUUCGGCAGCUCGAUCGGAUCUAGACAGUAUGUGUGUGUUGUGCUGUGAUGUCAUUGGUAACAGCCACUACCAAUGCAUCUUACCUCAGAUUGGCAGAUGAGUGAACAGUGGGUUUUGUGAUUAGUUGAACUGAUGAGAGCACAGAUCACCCCAGAUGUAUUCACCAAAAUGUUGUUCCAAACCUGUAUGACGUUGGUUGCUACGUAUAACACACAAAAAGGAGAUAUUUAGUAGAAUGUCUAAGCUGUUUUUUGUCUGUACAAUAAAAGUAAAUGUGGAAAGGGACAGUCGUAUGGAAAAAGAGCAGCUUGGACAUUCUGCUAAAUAUUUUCUUUUAUGUUCCACAGAAGAAAGAAACGCAAACAGUUUGGAACGACAUGAGGGUGAGUAAAUAUUAACAUUUUUGUGUGAACUAUCCUUUAAGUAAAUUCUGCUCUCUCUAAAAUGUAGUGUAGUAUUAUAUGAUUUCAAAACUUCUGAGAAGUUACGAUUUUAUUUCCUUUUUUAAGGACUUUAAUUCUGAGAAACAUGUUUAAGGUCAGUAUAUAUUUGUGUCCAGGGAGAUUAGAGUGCUGUGUGUGUGUUCAUCCUUCACUUUGACAAUACACCACAGGACCACGAGCCCACAGAAAGGAAUUACAGUAUGUAUAUAACCAAAUAUCCUGAAACUUUGUGCAAUGUCAACGUAACUGGCUGUCUUUUCUUUUGUCUUUUUUUAUUGUAAUGUUGUUGAAUGUGUUAUAUUGUGCCGGUUAUGUUUUGCUAUAUUUAAGAACAAACAUGAAUUUUUUGCACUAAUGUAAAAUGGAGCAAUAUACUGCUGUAUAAAAUAAAAAAA